CACCACCACCGCAUCGCAACAUCACACCCAUCCCCAUUCCCGCAUCUCUCCGCCGUCAUUUAUCAGGGCAGCCCCAACAGUAGCAGCUCCCACACAUAGUCACAAUGUCGUCGGCUUCAUCGAUAAAACCGUCCACCAUUGCUGCCAUCAGCGUCGGCACCAUCGUCACCGGCCUCCUCGCAUAUGCCGUCUACUUUGACCACCGGCGGCGAACGGAUCCCGAGUUCCGCAGACAGUUGAAGCGCGAGAGCAAGCGCACGGCUCGCGCGGCCAAGGAGGAUGCCGAGGUUGCGAGCAAGGAGCAGAAGAAGGCGAUUCGUGCGGCGGUGGAGCGGGCAAAUGAGGAGGGCUUCCCCAAGGAUCCUGAGGAGGUGGAGAGCUACUUCAUGCAGGAGGUUGCGCAGGGAGAGGGACUGUGCCAGCAGGGUGCAGACCCCGUGGAGGCGGCGCUGUGCUUCUACCGUGCUCUGAAGGUGUACCCGGCGCCUAGAGAGCUUAUCAACAUUUAUGACAAGACUGUGCCCAAGCCCGUCCUCGACAUUCUCGCCGACAUGAUCGCCAUCGACACAAGCAUCCCCGUAGGAGGCAGUAAGGCGCCUUCGGAUGCAGGCUCCUCUGGCGGCGUCGGCGGCAUUGAGUAAACGCGCUUGCAUGCUCGAGGCUUGGAUUGAGCGUUGCGACCCCUCUCACCACCAUCUCUUGUACGAUUAUUUUCGUGUAAAUGUAGUACCACCGCGCUUAUUUGCGGUCCAUGGAUUGGGAGUUACGGAUGAACAUGAUGAGGUCUGCGGAUACCUUUCUAGGCAUCAAGUUGUAGUUGUGGCUCGGAAGUCGUUCGAAUUUCAGCGGUGUUGGAAUCCGGUUUCGUCUCUGGAUGUGACGCAGCAUGUAGCAUUGUUCAUGAAAAUCCUAUAUUGAGUUUAUUGAUACGGAA